AUGAAAAAAACAAGAGGAAGAAAGAGAAAAGCAGAUGAUGCUGAAUCCAAUUCGAUCAUUAAUCCUUUCCCAAAUGAGAUCAGUUUAGACAUACUCUCCAGAUUACCUUUCGAUUCAGUCUUAGAUUCCAAAUUGGUAUCUAAAUCAUGGUGUAAAACUAUUCAAAACCCUUCCUUUGCCCAGACUCACUUUCGCCGGCAACAACUUGACGGUCGUCAUUCUGAUACAAAGGUCAGUUUUCUGUUCUCAACUAUAGAGGAAAAAAGUAGACUUUAUUAUGGAGAGUAUGAUGAGAAUCGAAAAAAACCAUGCAUGCAACUUAAAACUGUUAAUUUUCCUCGCAUUGAAAAGCGUUUUGGUACAAAUGCAAUGGUUGGUUCUUGUAAUGGUUUAGUUUGUUUCACUGUAUCUUUCACACACAAUAUUGAUGAUCCGAUCUACAUCUGUAAUCCCUGCAUUGGAGAACUAGUUAAACUUCCAAGACUCACGGUGAUGGCUAGAAACAAGAACAAUGUUGAGUUUAAGAAAACAACUUAUUUGGAUGGUAGUAUUGUGAGUGGGUUUGGAUAUAAUCCUGUCACUGAUGAAUACAAAGUUGUUAGGAUCUACUAUGCCGACCCGCGCCGGAGUUUAGAUCCACCCAAGGGUCAAGUUCAGCGUUAUAAGUAUUCACGCACUGUACUUGCAAGUGUUGAGCUUUUGUCAAAUAAGAAAACUGCAAUUUACAUUCCAUCUCGGGGUAUACUCGCAAAUGGUGCUCUUUAUUGGCUGGAUGAAGCAUGGAAUGUUGUAUCCUUCGAUUUAGCAGAUGAGAGGUUCAGUUUGCUCCCAUCACCACCUUGUUUUCUCCCUGGUGAGAAAAACUUUUAUACACUGCAAGUUUUGGGAGGGUGUUUAUGUGUUGUUAAUGCCCAUGAUGGUGAAAGUCUUGACAUAUGGUCAUUCAAGAAGGAUAAUAGUGAAUGGGCAAAUAUGUUUAGCUUAUCAUGUCGGUCAAGUGGGUUCAUCGAUGUGUAUUGGCUAAUUUCCCUCACAUUGAGUGGUAAACUUCUGCUGCGGUCUAACUAUAAGACUCUCGUCUGUUAUGAUCCCCAAACUAAAAAAAUUAAAGAACUUGUGGAUCUUGACACAGAUAGGCUAUUGGAACCAUUAAUUUAUUCCUUGACUGAGUCAAUACCGCACGUCAACAGCAUUGUUUCAUUGAAAGCUCUUGGAGAGAAGACUAAGAAAACAGCGAGAGCAAUAGAUGUUGAUGAUUAUGAUCCAGACAGCGAUUGA